GAGAAAGAGAGAGAGAGAGAGAGAGAGAGAGAGGGAUGGAAAUUGGAAAUUGGUAUGGGAAUGAGCACUCACUAAAUCAAGUUGCGAAAAGAAGAAGAAGAAAGCAGACAACUGGGAGCAAAAGCAGAAGCAGAAGCCGAAAAGAAACCAAAAGCAGAGAGGCGUAUAAAAAUCGAUACGUCCAAAAGGAAGUGAAAAGAAGUUUGGGCGGAAAGAAAGGAGGGAGAAGGUCGGAGAGGACGGAGGGGGAGGGCCGCAUGAGGCUCCACAGGAAGUGUUAACCGCAUGCAUCCAACAGAGUGUCUGCUUCCCGACUUCCGCUGCUACUUUGAUGAAUACAAUACCAUCGUUCUCAAUUUCUACUCUUCCUUGUACUGAUCUUGAUUUUUCGCUUUAUAUAUCUGCUCUGCCUUCCCAUAGCAGAGAGGAGCCUGCGGCAUCGUAGCAAAGAUUGGGUCCCGAAAGCAAGCUUUUCCUGAAUCGUUGGGGGGACAGCGAAAAGUUCCGAUUUUUGGCUAUUCAGGGCUCGUGGUGUUCGUCUCCGAUCUCUUCCGGCCGUCAUAAUUGUAGCUUUCGAGCCAUGUAUAUGACGUUGUCCUUAUUCAUGUUUCUCUGUCUAUUGAAUUGUUGAAAAACAUAAUCUUCGAUUUUUGUUUGACCAUCGACAACUCUGAGGGUGUCUUUCUUUCGCCUUCGUGGGCUUUUGAGAAGUUCUAUAUAGCUCUCCGCUUUUGGAAAUCAGUACAUUGGUGCCCGAGAAAGCUGCUCUUGGUAUAAGAAUGGCGGCAGAUCAUAACUUGAAUUUCAACCAUGGAAGAGGCUUCUCACAAUCUUUUAGCAACCAAAAUGUUGUUCCUUUUCAGUCCGAAGUGGUGAACAGUGCAACAGGGUUGAUGUCAGGAGGAAUGCAUAGUUCAGGUGAAAUUAGUGGCAUGGCAGGGAUGAUCAUGCCCAGGAACCUUGGCACACAAAGCAAUACUUCUUCUAUGAUGUCGCUCCCUGGUAAAUCUUCUGGAAACAUCAUUCUUGAAUCUGCCCACCCACUCAAGCAUAGUCCAGCAGUGGCUGUCCGUUGGUCUUUUGAGGAAUUGAUUGUGUUGAAACAAUGCCUUGUGGCAUAUGCUGACGAACCUAAUAUAAUGAAGUACAUCAAGAUAGCAGCUAGGUUGCCUGACAAGACAGUGAGGGACGUUGCAAUGAGGUGCCAGUUGAUGACUAAGAAGGAGAUUGGUAAAAGACGGAAGCUAGAAGAUUAUCAUGCAGACAAGAAGGUAAAAGAUAGCAUGGAAAAGAUGGCAUAUUCUUCCUCAGUGGCUAGUGUGAAUUCUGUUCGAUCAGACAACAUGACCACCUAUUCUUUUCCGAUGCUUGAUGUGCACUGCAGUAAUCAGCUUUUAUUGAAAGCCUCUCCGAUAAACAGUGAAACCCAGCGCCUUCUAAUUGAGAAUGUUACCCUUCUCGACCAGAUUGGAUCCAACCUUGAAAUGAGUAAGGUACAUGAUAAUGUCAACCUAUUCUUUCGUACAAGAGAUAACAUAAGAACCAUUUUAAAUAGCAUCAGUAGCAUGCCAGGUAUUAUGAGUCAGAUGCCUUCAUUGCCAGUGUCAAUGGAUGACAAUCUUUUCCAGUCCAUUUUUCCCCUUAUCAGUCAGGUGUAUGUGCCUGGAAGCAGUCAUUUAAAGGAAGAGCCAAGAUUCUGGUAACAUGCUGAGUGCAUGUUCUCUUCCUGAAAUGAAUGAAGGUGGUUGGUUAAAGCUUCCUCGCUUGACUGCUGCAUCCUUCAAGGAGGAUCUCAGUCUGGAUCUUAAGGUGCAUCAAGCACGAGGUAGUUCAAGUUUCUGAUGCCUGGGUGUCCAGUACGUCCUGUCACUGCAGAUUGAGCUUCUACUGCAGGGUGUCCAUGUAUAUGCUUCGUCAGAUAGGAAGUAUUUACACAAUAGCAUGAUUAGGCGCUUUCAGGUUUAGUGAUUCUUUUGCUUUUUAUCAUAUUCUUUUUCCUAAUAAGCAUUUUAGGGUGAUAAGAAAUGUAGUCCCGACAGAACAAUUGUUGUACUUAAUUAAAUUAUUUUAAGAAUGAAGAAUAGACUUCUAUUACCAGAUAA